AUGAAGAUAUUGAUAUUGAGCAUCAUCACUCUGAGUUGCGCGUGCGCAGACCAACGUCGGUUUCCGAGGGAGUUCGAAUUCGGCGCCGCCACCUCCGCCUACCAGAUAGAGGGAGCAUGGAACGUAUCAGGAAGAGGCGAGAGCGUCUGGGAUCAUCUGACACACUCAUACUCUUUCUUAGUAGCUGACCAGAAAACUGGGGACAUAACCACCGACUCCUACCACAACUACAAGAGAGACGUCGAAAUGAUGAGGGAACUGGGCUUGGAUUCCUACAGAUUCUCCAUCUCCUGGCCAAGGAUUUUGCCAGAUGGUCUAACCACAGUCAACGAAGAUGGCAUCGCAUUCUACAAUAACUAUAUCGAUGAAAUGCUAAAAUAUGGAAUAAAACCCAUGGUGACGUUGUACCAUUGGGAUUUACCGCUUAAGCUUCGAUGGUUAGGUGGUUUCGCCAAUCCCAACUUCCCUGAAUGGUUCGAGAGCUAUGCAAGGAUUGCUUUCGAGAAUUUCGGUGACAGAGUGAAGUUUUGGACCACUUUUAAUGAGCCUUCUCAAAUAUGUAUCCCUGCUUUGAGUUUCCCCGAAAUUAAUGUGGCGGGUGUAUAUCAAUGCGCGAAGAAUAUCGUGUUGGCUAACGCCAAGGCCUACCGUCUAUAUCAUGAUGAGUUCAGAUCCCAGGGUGGCCAGUGUGGUAUCACUAUUGACGUCCAAUGGUAUGAGCCUCUGCAGGACACAGAAGAGAACAGACAAGCAACGGAACUCGUUCGUCAGUACCAGUGGGGCCUAUAUGCAAAGCCAAUAUUCUCCCAAGAAGGUGGAUUCCCAAAGGAACUAUCUGAAGUCAUAGCCACGCAGAGUGCACAGUUGGGACUACCAUCUCUUUUACUGGAAUUUACUGAUGAAGAGAGGGAAUUCGUGAGAGGCACUGCUGACUUUUUCGGCGUCAACCAUUACACUGGCAAGGUGGUAAAUAUUACGAAGUACGAGCAUCCUUCGGGUGGAAUAGAAACGCACAUUGAUUAUAGCUAUAUGCCUCCUGAUUGGCCACAAUCAGCGACGAGUUGGUUACGUCAAGCACCACACAGCCUCUUCAAAGUCCUGAUCGACCUGCACAAUAAAUACAAUGGGACUGUCUUCUACAUCACCGAGAAUGGCUGGUCAACUCUACCUGGAGUCAUGGAUGAUGAUGACAGGAUUGCAUACCAUAGGACAGCUUUGGAAGAUGUUUUGGACUGCCUCGACGCUGGAGUCAACAUCAGGGGUUACAUGGUCUGGAGCCUGAUGGACAGUUUUGAAUGGGACAACGGUUACACAACAUGCUUUGGUCUCUACGCGGUAGACUUUGAAGACCCUGAGAGAAGCCGUACUCCGAAGAAGUCAGCUUUUGUCUACAAGGAGGUGGUGAGGAGUAGAGUGGUAGACCACAACUACGAACCGGCCAAUAGGACCAUGUCGAUAGAUAAAGGACACUAG